AUGGCAUCGUCAAUUGCCAGACAUACAUCAACAAUAUCUCUUGUCUCGACAGCUUCGCUGCCACGUGAGGGUAAUUUGUUUGUACAUACUCUCAGUCGGUAUCGAGACCAACUUGAGACGGCUUGUGACAAAAUUCUCGAUAAAUGCUGUUUGGAGAACAAAUCUGGUAUGGCGAUGGGCCAGUCAAGCCAGGAAACGGCACAUACUCACUCACCUCGUGUAUUGGAAGGGAGGGCUCGAGAAGUGUUGGCUCAGCAUCUCAUUGAAUUGCUCUCUUCUCUCGUCCUACCGGAACCACUGCCGCAGACGAUCAAGGAUGUAGAUGCUCGUUUAGCCGAGGGACAACUCUGUUUCCCCGACAAGUUAAUACCAACUGAGGCGGAGCUAGACGCGUUUCGGGCCCUCGCGGAAAAGGGUAAAAAGGCCUCCUCUGCCUUGUUGAAUCUGCCUGUCGAUAAAAUAUUCAUCGCACUCAAGGAACUUACUGGCCGAUUUAACCACUCCACAUGCAUUUACAUUACCGCGGUGACGGAAAAAGUUAUCAGCAAUUUCCUCAAGAUGGUCAUUUACUAUGAAGAAAGCGUGCAGGUUGAACGUGUGAUACGCGCCGCAACUAUUCAGAAUUUAUUCCAUAUCUACCGUGAUCGCGUGAAGUCACAGCGCAGACACCCUGAUUCCCUCCUUACGGACAACUUUCCUCAGGACUACAAUAAGUGUGUGGACGAGUUGGUAGCAUUCCUUUCUUCCAGCCUUGAACAAAUGAACUUGAUUUUGCGAGUUUUUCGCGAACCGAUUCUUCACUCGGCUUGUGCCUCUUUGGAUUCGAAUUCGGAGGAGGCAGCGAUACAAGAAGUCUUUGGCGAAGCCCUCGACCUCUACAACAACUUCCGUCUUCUCCUCGACUACCUCGAGUCCGAUUGUGCCGACGAAUCGCCAUUCUCAUCAUCUGAUUGUCCAGCAUCAAGCCAGCAACAAACGCUUCCGGAUUCCUGUCAUUCAAUUGGGUCGGCCCCACCAGAGAACCGACGUCUCGUCGGUCGUCUUCUGUUUGAACCCGCUGAGGACAUCGCUCUCGCUAGCUACUCGAGCUCACCAGAGCGAUUCAAGAGUGUCUGGAGACUUUCAGAACGGCCUGAAGUCAUGGAAAGCCUCGCGAGACUAAGUCGUGUUAUUGUACACACCGUCGCACGAUUAAAGGCGACCUCAUCUGAUGUGGUGGAACCCCGUCUCGUUUGUUUUCACUCCCUUUGCUGUCCUUCUUGUCGUCUGUGGGAUCAAAAGGAAUUUUCACCUCUAGCCACUGCCACCACUACCACCAAAGGCACGAUGUCAUCUGCAUGUCAGUGCAACACUGUCGUUACCUGCUUCCGCUACCUCCUCCCUCGACUUCUGCUCCUUCCCAUUUUCCAGUUUCUUCACUUUUAUCGGCUUGUAAAUGUAAGCCUCUGGUCUGAGUAA